UUCAAUUGUGGCGCCACUAACGAGGAAUUUGACAACUAUAAAUUUUUAUUUCUCGUGCGCGGAGGAGUAAAGUGUACCAAUUUAUAUUGAAAAUAAUUGCGAUUCUCUAAAGGCUGUUUUGGAUAAAUAACUCGUAUUGUCUGCCUCUGUCUUCCAGUUCAUCACUUCCAUUUCAUCCGUUUCAGAAUGGAGUUCACUCCAAGGUCAGACAAAAAACAUUUAACAUAAAUGAAUGUUUAACGACAUGAGUUCCCUUCAACAAACGAGUCGGUUUCUGCCUUUUUCUAAUAGUAACAUACAAAGAAAGCAACUAUCAACUCAAGGUGGUUUACCUAAAAGCUUGAGUGGUAGUGAUACCGACGUUUCAACAUCAAACGAAAAUUUAAGUAACGAGGAGCGCUAUGUGAUAAGACACACAGCUCGUCAGGAGCCACAAGGUCAAGAGAAUCAACAGCAAAGUCCCUCUAGAUCUUCAAGUCACAAGGAAAACAUACCAAAUAUCCAAGGUAAUCUCUUGAACAGAAAUAGUUUAAAGGAUAGUUUAAAUGGAUCAAAUCGAAAUAGUUUGAAGGAGAGUUUAAAUGGUUCAAAUCGCAAUAGUCUUAAGGACAGUAUCAAUGGAUCGAAUCGCAACAGUUUAAAGGAUAAUUUAAGUAAUCGAACGAGUGUUGGUUCUAAUAGAAGCAGUUUAGAUGUUUCGACCAGCUCGUAUAAUACACUUAUUAUUCAUAAUGCAAAUGAAGAAUCUUCUUGGGCACCUUCGGGAAGGUUGUCAGGUCUCGUGAGAGACCAUGGCGAUAUGGGGUAUUUAUAUUGUGAAGGUGGUGGAAAAGGGCAUUCUAAUAGCCCUACAAUGCAAUCAUUAUCAAGUUUACCACAUGACGAUCAUCUUUAUGAGCAAUCGGGAAAUGGUGGCUGUCAAGAAAUUACCGAUAUCCCAGACGAUUAUCUCAGUCAAUCGCAGGUUUUGAAACAUCUUGCAAAGGAAGUGAAGGUUCCCUCUUAUGGUAAAUUGUCGGGAAAUGACAAUAGUAUAGAUAUGAGAAUAAGAGAAAAUGAUCGUGGAAAACAAACGGAUUAUGAAGAUAGACCUUCAUCUUCUUCUUAUACCACAACAUUGUUACCUUUAAAAAGUAAACAUAGAUUACUUGGACCUACGGAAAAAUUAACUCUUUCUCGUUCGCAGCCCGAUUUGUCACGAAUUGGAAAAGUUGACAUUGAUAAUUAUGAUCCACGAACAACUUCUCCCAGGCCUCAAACAAAAGGGAGAGAAGACAUUGAGACAGCGGCAGGUGAAAUUUGGCCGCCAUCUGCAAUGGUACAAAUAGUAAUUCAAGAAAAUAGUGCCUUAAAAUUGGAACUUGAGCGUUGUUAUAAUAAAGUAGCAAAAUCACAAAAGCUCGAACAGGAAAUUACAAAGGUACAUCGAGCGCAUGAGGAUUUAGCAGCAUCAUGUGAACGACGUGAGAAACUUGAGAGAGCAGCGAGACUAAGACUACAAAGUGAUUGUCGAAGAUUGACAGAAUUAAAUCGUGCCUUGAGAGAUCAAAUUGAUCUCUUAUCAUCGAGAACUGACAGUCCACCAAUUGUUGAAUCAAUGCGUAAAGAAUUAACACAACGAGAAUUAUUCAUCGGUCAACUUAUCACACAAAAUAAGGAACUCGCGGCGGCAAAAGAACGACAGGAAAUUGAACUCGCUGCACAACGAGCGACUCUACAAGAGCAACGUACGCAUAUUGAUAUAUUGGACACUGCUCUCACCAAUGCGCAGGGAAAUGUUGUGCGUCUUGAGGAAGAGUCGCGUAAAAAACAAGUUUACGUGGAACGUGUUGCACAAUUGCAACGUGCCUUGUCUUCCCUUCAAGCAUCGAGCGAUAGACGCGAAGAAACUGAAAGACAAUUGAGAGGACAAUUGGAAAGAGAAUUACGAGAAGGUGGAAAUGGUGGUGUCAAUGGAAAUGAACAUUCGGCGAAUGGUGAAACAAUUGCUGAUUUAAAACGAAGACUGAGAGAGAGAGAUGAAAAAAUUAUGUCACUCGAGGGGGAUGUCACUAAAUGGGAGCAACGCUAUCUUGAGGAAAGCGCUUUGCGACAAGCCGCUAUUGACGCUGCUAGUCUUCCAAAAGAUGCGAAAAUUGCUGCAUUGGAGAAAACGAGUCAAGACGCUGAGAAAUUGAUAGCGGAGGCACGUUCGGAAAAAAUGCGUCACAUGGACGAAGUUCAUGCCGCACAAAAGAAGCUCGCCGAUUUAGAAUCUAGAAUGAAAGAUCUAGAAUCGAAAUUGGCAGAAAGGGACGCAAUGAUACGCGUUCUUCAGAAACAUACCUAUGAUAAGGAUAGUAGUUGCAGUAGUGGUGUUGGUAGUUAUCCGGCUGCACAUUCAUCUCAUUCCAGUACUUCGGCAGAUCAUCAUCAUACGGUAUUGACGAGUACUCCCGAACUUGUGAGCAGCGUAUUGGGCGGUGGAAGUGGUUACGGAAGCACGGGAUCUUAUGGUGUGUCCGACAGCUAUAAAUACAGAAAGCAGGGAAGUUUUGAACAAACAAAUAAGAGCCUUGACGAUCAAUUGAAGGAGCUGGACUCUCAACUCCUUAGCAAGCGGGCACUUUGCUGUUUUCCAGGAUUCUCUAAUCCAGGCACUGCGUCGCGAAAAGGAAAAAUACCCAAGCCAUUAUUGGCGAGUGUAAAUAGUGCAGUAAGCUCGAGUACAGCAUCAAGUAAAAGUCGUUUAUUGGACGAUUCAAAUGGCGAGACAACUGGCAGCCUUAUGGAAUUUGCAACAACAACAUCGUCACGUUUUAAAGGUACAGUAUCGAGAUUAUCAGUGGAGAAACCCGAGGAGAUGAUGCUUCUUGAAAAACAAGGACGAAGUUCACAACGUCAACGAAUGCAAGAAGGUGAACCAAGAAGAGCCGGUAGUCUACCACCAAGUUCACUUCCACGUCCACCACGUUCAUUAAAAUCAACAAAUUCACGUUAUUGUCGUCUCAGUGAUUCGGAGGCAAGAAAAAAAUCUGAUCCUGGACCAGUGAUUGAUAAUGGAAUUAAAACAACAACAAUUGAUUAUGGUAAAUUUGCACAACGUCGAAAGAAAUGUGAACCUUUUGGUCAAAGUUCAUCAUCAUCAUCAUCAUCAUUGAAAAAAGGUUCAUCAUCAACAGUUUGUGAAUAUGAAAGAUUGGGUGAAAUUGAUAAAAAAAAACAAAUUUUACUUGAGGUAAAACAUCGUGAACAACAUGGACGUUCAUUGAUACCACCACCAUCGCGACGAAUUGGCGAAUAUGGUAGAUUAAGCGAUGGUGAUGGUAAAGUGUCAUUGAGAAAACAGGGUUUCAUCAGAGGUCAAAGUACAGGGAGUACUGUCAGCAGUAAAAGUGGACGAGAUUCCGGUGGUACUGCCAGUAGUGAGGCAUCAACUUCAUCACUUCCACCGACAAAGGCCAGGUCAAUACCACGACCUAAUUAUCGCAUUCAAUUCUAAUUUGCGAGAGAGAUAGAGAGAAUGCUUAAGAAUUAGAUUUUCAGGUGAUUCUAAAAAAAAUCUAUUUUCUUUUUUAAUUUCCCUUUCACGGUGCUUUAGAAGCAAUUUUUUUUACAAAAAAUUGGUGAAUAUUUCAAAUUAUAUUUUCAUCUAAAUUAAAAUUAUUAUUCUACUUUGCAAAAAAUUUUUUUUUUAUUCUAAAAUUGUAAAUUCUAAAAAAAACAAUUUGAAAAAUUUUGUAAAAUAUAUGUAUUUAUUUUAUCAAGAUUAUGUCAAAGUUGUGAUAAGCUUUUAUGUAAAAACAAAAAAUUAUUGCGAUUUUGACAUGCCCUUAAGAAUGAUGAUUCUUUAAAAACAAUUUAAAUAUAAAAUGUAAUUAAUUAUUUUAAAAAAUUGUUUUAAAAUUUAGAUUUAAAGACUAAAUAGAAUUUCUUUUCAAUUGAUUCGAAGAAAAAUAAGCGAAUAAUUUAUAUAUUAAAUAAUAUUUAAAUUUAUUAUUGAAUUUAUUAUAAUUUCCAAAGUAUUUGAAAUGAGUCGAAGAUAUUUUGAUAUUAUAUUUAUAUACCUGCACCCCGAACUGUAUAUGUUUACAUUGAAAUACAAAGGCGCGCUACCCUUAAGGUCACAACAAUAGAAAAUGGGGGAAAUCACAAAGAUAAUUAAAUCAGUUACAAUUCGUGUCUUCUGUUAACAUUCAAUUAAUGUGAAUCUAAAAUUUUCUAACGCUUUUUACUUUUUUUCAUUCGUUUUUAUUUUGAAUUUUCAUAUUUGAAAAAAAAUGAUUAGAGUGCUCGAUAUUUUUUUAGAAAAAAGUAUUUAUUUAUUUUCAAUUUCGGGAGUGAUACAUUUUUUAAAUCGCGAGUGCUUUUCAGAAGAUAAUCGUCCGAAAUGAUACAUCGGUUUUAAACAAAGGUUAGAGAUACAUGUUUUUGUAAAUAAUAAUUUUUAUUUAAUAAUUAAUUACAUUUUAUAUUUACAGUACUUUUAUUGAGUGCUCUAUAGUCAAAAAAAAAAAAAAAAAAUGAGUGUAAAAAAAUAUUUUCUGGAAAUUUUUUUAUUUAAGUGUGGCCAAAAGAAAAUUUUUUUUUUUAGAAUCACCUUGAGACAAAGCCAUAAUAAUCCCUUAAUUACAAUUAAUUUUACAAAAUACGAUAGAUUCCACGAAUUAAUAAAUGCGCCAUAAUAGUUGAAAAAAAAGCAACGUGGACGUUCAUGAGUACGUAGUACAUUGUAUAGCGUUUAAUAAGACCUAGUCAUUACCAAAGUAACUUCCGUGCGGACGAAAAUUUCCGUUUACCAUGUGCGCAGUAAAUAAUCGUACAUUUUUUUAAAGGCUCGUUCAUUAGCUUACAAGAAUUGCGGUAAAGUGUCUGUAAAAAAAAAAAAAUAGAUAUUCUAUAAGACAAUAAAUAUUUUUUUUCUCUCUUCCAUAUAAAUAUUGAAAUCAACUAUAAUGCUGCCAGGAUAAAAGAUUACAAAAAAUUAAUUUCGGCUUUAUAAAAAAAAAAAAAAAAAAUUGCUUUUUCAAUUCAAUAUUUCUGAAAAUAAUUUUAUUUGUAAAGAAAAAUAUUUUUUUAAAUUUUGAAAAAUUAUUACAGCAUUUGUCGUGAUGGAUCUGUUAAAUUUUUUUUGGUAAGAAUUUCUAGAAUCUCAAAAAAGUUUAAUCUGUAGGGAAUUUUUUUUAAAUAUUGUAAAAAAACGAUUAUUUAAUUAUUUUUUAUUUCUUUUCAAUAUAAUGCAGGACCAAAGAUUAAUAUUUAAAAAAAAAAAACAAAACGACUUAAGAGGUCCAAAUAUAGAAUUUUGUGUGGGGAAUAUAUAUUAAAUUUCCUUGUGCGUGUUGUAAAAUAUUUUUUAUACUGUAAAUGAAAUAAAUUAGUUUAAUAAUUUCUUAGCAUUUAUAUUUUAGGCUGAUUUUCAAAUUUCUUUUUGAACCUGGCAGUAUUAUUGUUAUUCAUUGUAAUAAAGCAAUCACAUUAAAAGGAAUUGAAUAAUGUUCGAUAAUAAAAUGUGUCUAAAGCUGUUUUUUUUUUUUUUUAAUUAAAAAUUUUUUAAUUAAAAAAAAAAAUUAUUAUAAAAAGAAUAAUUUGAAAAAUAUAUUUUUUAUUUGAUAUCGAGAAUAUAUCAGAGAAUUUUCGACUCUUUUUUUAAGUUAUAAAAGAAUUUUUCAAUUUAUAAAAAUAAUUUAUUAAAAAAAAACUUUUAAAGAAUUUUUGAAUUUUUACAAACAAUAUCGGGAAAUUUUUUUUAAGAAUAUCGCCUUUCUGUACAAAAAAGUACAGAUUUCAAAUAAGACUGAAUGAAUGAAUAGCUAAAAAAAUGAAAAACUGAAAGUAUGAUAAUUGAAUUUUAAUAUGUAAUUUUGUUUUCUAAUUUAUGCCGCACUUUGCGCAUUGACGCAACGCCAAUUAUUCUUCUCUGUUGUCAUGAUACAAAUAACUACUACUCCUACUACUAUUACUACUAUUUUAUUAUUUGAUUAUUGUUAUUAUUAUUAUUAUUAUUAUUAUUAAUAUUAUUAUAUUAUUAUAUUAUUAUAACAAAUCAUGUCUAAUAUAAUGAUCGUAUUUAUUGAAUUGCGCUUUGGUUUCGUCGACAUCUAUCGCAUUAAGAAAAGAAAAAAAAACAGGUACGAGUGAAUGGAUUGACGUAAUUAAAAAAAUUUUUUUUUUUUUUGUGAUGUAGAUUAGAUUUUUUGUAGAAAAAGUAGUGAUGGAUUUUUUUUCUUUUUCCGAGUUUCUCUCGUGGUUUUUUUUUUUUUUUUUGGUAUAAAAAUAUCAAAUAUCGGAGUAUGGAAAAUAAUUAAUCUUUUUUUUUUUUGUAAUUCAUUGGAAAUUUAUUUUUAAUCCAAUGAACGAAUGUGCGAGAAAUGAUUGUGAUGCGUUCUAAGGUGAUCAUAUUGAUAGUCUUGCAUUGAAUCUUUGAAUACGAUUUAAAUUGAAAAAAAAAGAAGGAAAAGAAAACCAAAGUCUUGUGUUACCCCAUUGAAAGCUUUAUAUAUUUGGUUGUGUUGUAACAGCCAUGUAAGAGCUUCACAUUUUAGAAUUAAAAAUUUAUUAAUAAAUUAGAAAUUAUUUCCGCAUAUUCUUAUUUUAAAUAUUCAAUUUUUUUUUAUUUAUUUAUUUAUUUUUCAUAACGUGAAAUUUAUUUUUUUAUGGAUUUUUCAAUUGAUCUGAUUAUAAUUUAUUUAUUUUGAUAUGAAUGAUUUUUUUUUUCAAUCAGGAUUCGCUUGGAUAAAGUUUUCGAUUGUAUUUUUAAUCGAAAAAUUUUUCGUUGCUUUUUUGGUAAAGUUUCUCUUUUUUUCCAAUAAAGUUUUGUACUUAAAUCAUAGUUACUUCUUUUUCUGUAUAUUUCGAUUUUUUUAUAUUUUUUUUAUAUGCUUUCCAAGUGUGAGCGUAAAAGGCUGUUAUAUCACAAUAUUUAUAUAAAGGUGAUUUACAAAGGGAGACAAAGACUGACUUGUGUCUUUCUUAUAGAGAAUCAAAAAAAAAAAAAAAUUCAAAAUUUGUAAAUUCUCAAUUCUAAUAUAUCGAAAAAAAAUUUUUUCUCUUAGCUUUUACUAUUUAGAAAAAAAACAACAAUUAAAAAUUAGAAAUAAUUAAAAUUAAUAAAAAAAAUAAAUUGUUUUUAAAAUGAAGUAUAUAAAAAGAAAAUUCUUUAAACUCUUGUACUUUUUAAUAAAAGCGGAAAAAGAAUUUCUUUCGUAUAUUAAAACAUACACACACAAAAAAAAGAAAAAAAAAAAUUCCGCAAAGAAAAAAAUUGUGAUGUGUAGUUUUAUAAAUUACUAAUUUAUACACAACGUCUUGUACUGUAAAUGUGCACUUUAGAAUCGUGAAAAUCAGUACCUUAUUGUAGUAUGCAAGAAUACCAAAUUUUGCACAUCGUGGUAAAAAAAAAGAAAAAAAGAAUUUUUUUUUUUUUUACUCACGUUGCAAACGUCACCAAAGAUGCGUCCUAUUCAGGUGACUAUACAUCGUAUCCAAAUAUUGUUCCUAUGAAUAUUUUCGCGUGUUACGAGUAUAGUGCACUGAGAUAAAGUAACUAUUAAGGCAACAUAAAUUUGUGUUGAUCGUUUGCUCUCUAUUUUUGAUACGGCCGCUUUAGUGACCCAUAUUUUUUUUUUCAAUUGUACACUUGUUACGCAAAAUAAUUUUUUUUUUUAUACAAUUUAAAUGAAAAACAUUAUCUCGUAGAAAGAAAAUUUUCUCAAAUAUGCGUAUACAAUAGGCUUGAAAAUAGAUAAGAGUAAGCGGAUGUUACGGAGAGGGUGUUUUUUUUUUUUUUUUGUUCGUGAAUUGGCGCUUUUUAUUUGUAAAAAAGCGUUUUUGGUUGUCUGAUAGCUUAACUAACCGGAAAUAAAAAAAAAAACCACCAAGUUGUAUUGUUUUAUGGAUGGACGCUUUGUAUAAAAAAAAGGAACAAAAAAAAAAAAAAAAAAAAAACAGUGGUAGUUGGCUGAUUCGAAAGAAUCUUACGAAAUAUAAGCUAUGUUGUAAAGAUUUA